GAGGGGAGGCUGUGACAAUCUCAGAAGCUUCAAGACUCUGUACAGAAUGAAGACUCUGGUGGCUUUUCUUUUCCUGGGCUCUUUGGGUCUGGCUUGGUGCAAUCCUGGAGCCUUUAAUAUCGCCAGAACUGGGGAAGCCUCACAGAGCUCUGAUUAUUAUGGCGGUACGUCUGUAAGUUACGCUUACAAGGCCAUUGAUAGUGUGAAAGAUACCAACUGGCUUAAUGGCUUCUGUACCCACACAAAUAACGACCUGCCGCCCUGGUGGAGGCUGGACAUGAAACACAAGUACAAAGUGAAGAUCGUUAUACUCUCUGGCCGGUCGGAUGGCGCUAUGCAGCGGCUGAUGGAUGCCGAGGUCCGAAUUGGAAAUUCUCCAGACAAUAACAACCCAGUGUGCGGUAAGGUCACCCAAAUUACUGACCCUACAACAACUUUCUCCUGUUAUGGGAUGGAGGGUCGAUACGUCAGUGUGGUGAUCCCGGUGCGCGCUGAAUUCCUGUCCAUUUGUGAACUGGAGGUCUACGGUGACCCCGUGAGUGAUGUCACCUAUUAUUAGGUAAACCUCAGAGGAACAUGACAGAAGGAAUACUCAAGUUGAUCAUCGCAUUUAAUAUCCAGGAAUUAACAUGUCUUUAACCACUUGCUUACUGGGCACAUAUACCCCCUUCCUGCCCAGGCGAAAUUUCAGCUUCCGUCACU